GGAAGUCACUGAAGCCAUCCGUGCAAAACUCGAUCAAGUACGUACACGCAAAGCACGACGUUUCAGGAUGCAAGUGAAGGCGAUUGAAUCUGAUAUAUCACGGCUUACGGUGUUAUCAUCGACGUUGUUUAGUCAGCUUGAAGAUGCGCUUGAACGACAACAUAUGAGUCGUCCUGUGACGGCGGCGGUGGUGGGUGAGACGCCGGAAAGGCAGGAAAGGGGGAUGUCACGGGCGCAGAUGGAGAGGCUUUGGGCUGUGCCGAUGCUGGUACGGAGUCCUGUUGAGGAACGACGGGUGCGUGAAGAGCGUGCUUUGCUUGUUGAUAGGCAAGCGCAAGCAGAGGAUGCAGCUGCUGCUGUGCUACAGGAGGAUGCAGGGGAGGAUUUAUCUUCUGAAGAUGAGGAUGAUGUGAGGACUACCAAGAGGAAGAUGCUGCCGGAAGGAUCACCGUCCAAGAGGACUCAGUUCCUGACACAAGAACAAGCACAAGUCGCAGGGACAGUCAUGGGCAAGGAAGAUCAACAGCAGCAACAGCAAGACAAGAUGACAGAGGUGGAAGCAGAUGCACAUCUUUCAUCUGACGCUGCCGUUGCAGUGGAAGAAGUCCGCUUUACUGCACUCGACAUGGAUCGAUUGCGUCAACAGGCACAUGCGUCGAUUGAGCGAUUACAGCGACGUCGACGAUACCUGAAGCAUGUGCAAGGUGGGUAUGCUGCGUAUCUUGAGAGACUUGCACGGACGGAGGGUGAGUUGACGCGUGUUGCUGGACGGUGGGAGGAGGACGAGCGUGCGCGGUUGGAAGGGGAAGCAAGGCGCUUGAGGGGGAAGCAGGCACAGACAAGCAGGAGGGAGGAAGGAGGUGCAGUGAGUCAUGAGGAGGAGGAGGAUCAAGUGAUGGGUGAGCUGGAGGAGGAGGAAGCGGCAGGUGUGCGAGUUCGGCGGGCAGUGGAGCGGUGUCUGGAGGUGUGCUCGUGGGUGGGCAUGGGUGCUGCUGCUGGGGGACUGCUCGUGUCUCGGUAUGCAGUGUAGACACGUACAGUGAUAGCUGGUACGCACCCUUGUAAAUAGUCUAUUCUAAUCAGUGUCACUAGUCACCAGUAACUAGUAAAUAAUAACUAGUAACUGUGCUUAGUGCUGCUCCACCCAUGUCAUGCCAGAUGUCUGAUCUGCACCUGGCGCUGGAAAAGAUUCUAAUUUUGGCGACACAAGAGAAGUGAGGACAGUCACAGCCAGCGGCAUUGAGCGAGCAGAGAGACAGCACAGAGCAGUAGAGAGAAGGGCAUAGUGCAGGUCAGUGAGGAGGAGAGAGGGAGGCAGUGGGAGGCGAGGGAGGUCAGGAGGUAGUACUUAGUCAGCAUGUGGUCAGUAUAGAGGGAGAUGGAAGAGACAGAGAAAGAGUAGAGAAGAGAGUAGAGAGAGUAGAGUAGAGUCAAAGAGUAGAGAGAGUAGAGAGAGUAGAGAGAGUAAGAGAGUAAGAGAGAGAG